CUCUGCGGGAGCAUGCACGCCUUCGGGCCGCCUCCCCACGGCCGGGAGCUGCUGCUGGACGGGGCGGGCCGCCCGGCCGGCCUCCCCCUGCCCCUACCCCUCACCCUAAGCCUGCCCCGGCCCCGACCCUCGCCCGCCGCCCCCUGCCCGUGGCUCGGCGGCCCCGCCGCCCCCUGCCCGCCCCCGGAGAGCCCCCGACCGCCCUAUUCGUACUCGGCGCUGAUCGCUAUGGCCAUCCACAGCGCGCCCGGGCGGCGCCGCACCCUGCGCCAGAUCUACCAGUUCGUGGCCGACACCUUCCCCUUCUACCAACGGAGCAAAGCCGGCUGGCAAAACUCCAUCCGCCACAACCUCUCCCUCAACGACUGCUUCAAGAAAGUGCCGCGGGACGACGACGACCCGGGCAAAGGCAGCUACUGGACCCUCGACCCCAACUGCGAGAAGAUGUUUGACAACGGCACCUUCAGGAGGAAGAGGAAGAGGCGCCCCGACGCCGGACCGCCCGACGGGGCGGGGGGCAGCGGCGGGGUCCCGGGGGGCUCCUCCUGCCCGGCCGGGCUGCGGGGCCCCCCCGGCGGCUUCAGCUCCAGCGGGGCCCCCUUCGGUCGUGCCGGGACCCAGGCUUGAGCUUGCCCCCCUCUCCCCCCGGCAGCGAGGUGCUCGUCGAGGAGCGUUUUUGUAGCGCGGAAAUGUACAUUUUGGUAGAGAUAUAAACUGACAGAGGCGGAAUGAGGGCUGUGUGUGUGCUGGGAGCCAAGCCGGGGGGGCUGCGGGAAGCUCUGUCCCCGUCGGGGAACUGAAGCCCCACGCCCACCCCCGUGGGCUGAGGCCACCCGACCCGUCCCGUCCAUUCCCCUCCCGUCCCAUCCCAUCCCACAGACACCUCGGAAGGGCUUUAAUAUCCAGCCCCAGGGGAGGUUAACCUUGGCCCCCCCACGUCCACUGCUGGCUCUCCCACCUCGUACGGGAUAUCCCAGCUCUGUGCCAUUUGCAAAGUUCCUGAAAAGUGCAACUGUAGCGGUCCACAGCCCCACUUUUCAUUUGGGCUUUUCGUUUUAAGACCUGAAAUGCGAGGGUUUUGGUUGUCCACACCUGCUCACCAGUGCCCAGUGCCUGUGUCCUGCUUCCCAGUUGCUCCUUGAAGGUACUGGAGUCGGAAGAAAGCAAAGCUGAGAAUUAUACGAUCUGCUGCCUGUCCCUCGUGGCUCUGUCUCCUCCGUCCCACUUAUCCUUGCUUAGGACAAAAAUACACUUUUCUCAAAUA